GGUAUCCCUCAUCCAGCAAAAACGAGAUAAUUUCAGUCUCAACACGAAGAAAAGUGUCACCAGGAGCUGAAGACUUGAUAGUAACUUUUCCUUAUUCACAGGUUUCCUUUCAUUGUAUUGCCCUUUCCCGUUUGAAGAAGAACAAUGAAGAACCGCUCCUCAUCUCCCCCUUUGCACGUUCAUGUGGAUGAAAACACCCCUGUCCAUGUCCAUAUAAAAAAGGGUCAGAAAACAACACCGGCAAAAAGCCAGCAAAAACACAAACAGAAAAUGAAAGGGGAUACCGUGAACAUGCGCCGAAGCGUCCGAGUGAAAACUAAGGUCCCCUGGAUGCCCCCAGGCAAAACAUCUGUCCGGGAGUCCACCUACAAGUGGGAGGGACCAACACAUCGCCUGGAAAUAACACCUCCAGACUCAGAAAAAUUGCUCUCAGUGCUGCGUCUGAGUGACCUCUCCACAGAUGAGGAGGAUGCCAUCCACAGCAAAAUGAACAAAUAUGAGAAGAGGAUCGAUAGCCUGAUGAAUGUAGUGGGAACACUUAAGAAUGAGGCAAAGGUGCAGAAACAGGAAGAACAGAGGCUAGUGACAAAGCGUCUCCUUGAGGAGCAGAAGGAAGAGCUAGAUGAGGUCACGCAAGAGCUGGUGGAGACAGAACAUGAAAAUACACUGCUCCGACGUAAUAUUGAGCGCAUGAAGGAAGAAAAAGAUCUUACUGUACUGCAGAAGAGACACUUGCAGCACGAGAAGGAGUGUUUGCUAUCCAAGUUAGUCGAGACAGAAAUGGAUGGAGCUGCAGCAGCCAAACAGAUUCAUGCACUGAAAGACACAAUUGGGAGACUCAAAAAUGAGAAGCACAUGACUAGCUCGGAUAUUAACACACUGACGAGACAAAAGGAACUGUUGCUACAGAAACUGAGCACUUUUGAAGAAACCAACCGGACGCUCCGAGAGCUCCUUAGAGAGCAGCACAACCGGGAGAAAGAUGCACAGAAGUUGUUGGAACAGCAAGGGGUGCUGCUGAAGAGGCUGGCUGACUCGGAUGCAGAGAAAGCGCAACUUAAGAUGAAGCUACAGGAGAAAGAGAAGGAGGUGGAUGCUCUUAUUAUUCAGAUUCAGGCAGAAAAGGACCAAGCGAAGACGGCAUGUGAACUGUCCAAAUCUAUGGAAGCUAUGAGAGGCCAUUUACAGGCACAGCUGCGAAAUAAAGAAGCUGAGAAUAACCGUCUGGCUGUCCAGAUCCGGAACUUGGAGCGCAAUGGAACUCAGCAUAAGGCGGAGGUGGAACAUAUCAUGGAGCAACUGAAAGAGCUGAAGCAGAAGGCAGAACGUGAUAAAGAGGCCCUGAAGAAAGCCAUACGUGCACAGAAGGAGCGAGCAGAGCGCAGUGAAGAAUAUGCUGAACAACUGAACAUCCAGCUAGCAGAAAAGGACAGUUAUGUUGCCGAGGCACUGUCUACUUUGGAGUCGUGGAGGAGCCGCUAUAACAAAGUGGUAAAGGACAAAACGGACCUGGAGGUGGAGAUAGUCAUGCUGAACAGCCGUAUUACAGAAUUGUUGGAGCAGCAGAGCACCAUUGAGGACAAAAUGCGGGAAGACAGGGAUGCUCUGGUAGAGAAACUGCACCGACAAGCCACGGAGGCAACAUCAUUCAAAAUGGAGAAUGAAAGGCUGAAGGCUAGUAUGUUCCCAAUGGAGGAAAAACUGAACCAAGCACAUCUGGAGGUGCAGCACCUCAAGACAUCUCUCAGGAACUACGAAGGGCUGAUUGAAACCUAUAAGUCUCAGGUGCUGAAGACCCGAAUGGAAGCUGAUGAAGUGACUGCUAAACUUGAACUCUGUGACAAAGAAAACAAGACACUAAAGGAUGAAAUGAAUAGAGAGAUUGAGAUGGCUCGUAAGCAGUUCCACACCCAGCUUGUUGAACUGGAGAAGCUACCCGAGAUCCUGAAGAUAACAGAGACGAAGUUGGCAGAAUGUCAGAUUCAGCUCCAAAGUUAUGAGAAAAAGAACAUGGAUCUGUCUGCCAUGAUUACAGAUCUUCGUCAGCGGAUUGAACUCCAAGGAGACAAAAUGGAUAUGACAAGGGAGAAGUACCAGUCGGCCCAGGAAGAGAACAAGCAGCUGAUUCUGAAGGUGGAGGAGCUGGAGAGGAAACUAGAGACAACCAGUGCACAGAAUAUAGAAUUCCUUCAGGUCAUAGCAAAAAGAGAGGAGUCUAUCCAUCAGUCUCAGCUGCGACUGGAGGAGAAAACACGAGAGUGCAACUCCUUGGCACGCCAACUGGAGAUGGCUCUUGAAGAUGCCAAGAGACAGGUAGAACAAACAAGGGAGCGAGCAGCAUCAAGAGAGAGGACAGCCCAGUCCAAGAUGUUGGAUUUGGAGACCCAGCUGAGCAGGACAAAAACUGAUUUGAAUCAGUUGCGUCGGAGCAAAGAUGAUGCAGAGCGCCGGUACGAAAGCCGUCUGCAAGACUUAAAGGAUCACCUGGAGCAGUCCGAGAGCACUAACCGCAGUAUGCAGAACUAUGUCCAGUUCCUCAAAUCCUCUUAUGCCAACGUCUUUGGGGAAAGUGCCUUACUGAGCUCCCCUAUCCGUUCUCGAUCCUCUCCAUAAGAGUUUCCUCCCUGCCCCUUUGCUGUUGAGAGCUGCAGAAGGAGCCCUAUUUCAAAGCCAUAUCUCUUCUAGAGAAGUUGCUGGGAUUUCAGAGUCUUUGUAGGGAGGUGUCGUCGUCGUCGUCAUCAUCUCAUUGCUUGCAUGAGAUGGAGCUGAAGUGUCAUAUGCCAGGAAGGUGAGGUAGGGGUAUCCAUAGUAGUUUUCAAAAGUGGAGAUUAUUACCUCAGAAGCCAUGCCCCAAAACAUGAAGCAUGAGGAGGGGAACACUUUUUUUUUAUUAUUACUUAAUUUUUUGUAGUCUGUUAAAUUUCUAUCCAAGUGUUUGCAUGUCUUGUAUCUAUUCUGGCCAGCUUUUCUGCUUGUCAUGUUUUGGAUACUUUUUAAAGUUUUUACAAGGGCCUCAUCUCUUCCUUUCCACUCUAUCUUAAAUUGUUUUCUUAUGUGGAGAUCAUGUUUGUUUGUUUUCAAUUCUCACAUCCUGUGCUGAUAAAAUUGAACAAUGAACUGUCAGGAGAUAAUGCCACCAGUAGAAAUGUGAACCCAAUAAAGUGAUCAUUAAGUGCCUGGGAUCCAUACUUCAAGUGGAUUGUCUCCUGGUUGUCUACAUGGCUGUGUGUUUGUGUUUUUUAUAUAAGCAAUUUUAUACUGGGGAAACAAUGAAACUACUUUAAGAUGUCUUGCCUUGAUUCAUGAACUUGGUCUCAUCCUGUAUCUUAAGCUUGAUGUGCAUGUUUGUGUGUAUUAAUGCUUCCACUCUACUUACUCUGAUUGCCUGAUCCUGCAUUCCCAUCCCAGAGACUGAGCAAAGCCAUUUGAAGUCAGUGGGAUGAGUCUUAUUAACCUGAAUGGGCCCCAGUUUGAACACACUGGGAGUUCUGAGCAUGUGUGAAAUGCAGGCUUGGGUCCUAAAUUUGUUGAUUAGAGUCUGAGACAUUUGAUUUUUUUAUCCUCUAAGCCAACUUGCACAUUGCUGAAACAAGGUCUGCUCUGGAAAAUGCGGAGGAGAAGCAGCUGUUCUGAAAAAAAAGUAAAUAAUUUUUGUUCCAUAAUAAUUUUAGCCCCAAAUGUGUUGCUGUUUUUAUAUUUUUUGUAAUCUAUUUAUAUGAGGUGCAGUCAUCAAUGGAAUAUUUGCAGUAAGCAUUUUUAAAUCAGUAUUUGAGAGUUCCAUUUUUAAUGCAUAACUU